GUUUUGUUUUGCGAGUUUUCCGUCCGUUUCGACUGACUGGCUAUUUAGUUAAUGUGCUCAAAACAACACGCAAUGGUAUUGGUUUGAAUUGCAUUAACGGCAACCGCUCAACUGUUCAACGAGAGAGUGAAAAACGGCCGAGCUGCUUUUGAAGCGGCAACAUUUCAGAGUAACCCGAGAGCACCUUGCUGCUAAGCUAACGUUACCGAGCUAGUUAGCCUUUUGCUCUGAGUUGUGUUGGGCUCUCCGAGCUAACCGAGCCAUGGGGAACCGGGGCAUGGAAGACCUGAUUCCCCUGAUCAACAAGCUUCAAGACGCCUUCAGCUCGAUUGGCCAGAGUUGCAAUUUGGACCUUCCUCAAAUCGCUGUGGUCGGAGGACAGAGCGCUGGGAAAAGCUCUGUUUUGGAAAAUUUCGUUGGCAGGGACUUUCUUCCUCGAGGAUCAGGCAUUGUUACCCGCAGACCUCUCAUUUUGCAGCUGGUGAACAAUAAAGCAGAAUAUGCCGAAUUCCUGCACUGCAAAGGAAAGAAGUUUGUGGAUUUUGAUGAAGUGCGGGGGGAAAUUGAGGCGGAGACUGACAGGAUAACAGGCUCCAACAAAGGCAUCUCUCCCAUCCCGAUUAACCUGAGGGUCUACUCCCCACACGUGCUGAACCUGACCCUGAUCGACCUUCCGGGAAUGACGAAGGUUGCCGUUGGAGACCAGCCCCAAGACAUCGAGCACCAGAUCAGGGACAUGCUCAUGCAGUUCAUCACAAAGGAGAGCUGCCUGAUCUUGGCCGUCACGCCUGCCAACAGUGACCUGGCCAACUCAGAUGCUCUGAAGAUCGCCAAGGAGGUGGACCCACAGGGUGUGCGUACCAUUGGUGUUUUAACAAAACUGGACUUGAUGGAUGAAGGGACAGAUGCGAAGGACAUUCUCGAAAACAAACUUCUACCACUGCGUAGAGGCUACAUUGGAGUGGUGAACCGCAGUCAGAAAGACAUUGAUGGGAAGAAGGACAUUCGUGCUGCUUUGGCCGCAGAGAGGAAGUUCUUCCUUUCCCACCCUGCUUACAGACACAUAGCAGAGCGAAUGGGCACACCUCAUCUACAAAAGACACUCAACCAGCAAUUGACCAACCACAUCAGGGACACCCUGCCUGGUCUGCGCAGCAAGCUGCAGAGUCAGCUCCUCUCUCUGGAGAAGGAGGUGGAGGAGUACAAGAACUUCCGUCCAGAUGACCCAACACGGAAGACCAAGGCUCUGUUGCAGAUGGUGCAGCAAUUUGGUGUGGACUUUGAGAAGUGUAUCGAGGGCUCUGGGGACCAGGUGGACACCAACGAGCUAUCGGGAGGAGCCAAAAUCAACCGCAUCUUUCAUGAGCGCUUCCCCUUCGAACUGGUCAAGAUUGUGUUCGACGAGAAGGAGCUAAGGCGGGAAAUCAGUCAUGCAAUCAAGAACGUUCAUGGUGUCAGAACGGGGCUGUUCACUCCAGACCUGGCGUUUGAGGCCAUCGUGAAAAAGCAGAUCGUUAAGCUGAAAACGCCCUGUCUCAAAUGUAUCGAUCUGGUCAUUCAGGAGCUCAUCAACACAGUCAGGCAGUGCACCAACAAGCUCAAUUCCUACCCCAGACUGAGAGAGGAGACCGAGAGGAUUGUCACCACCCACGUCAGAGAAAGAGAAGGAAAGAGCAAGGACCAGGUUCUGCUGCUGAUUGACAUUGAGCUGUCCUACAUCAACACCAACCAUGAGGACUUCAUCGGCUUUGCUAACGCCCAGCAGAGAAACACAGCUGCAAACAAGAAGAGGGCCAUACCCAACCAGCUUGGCGCAAUGGGAGAGAUCCAGGAGGAGGAGGUGAUCAGGAAAGGCUGGCUAACCAUCAACAUCAGCAUCAUGAAGGGAGGCUCCAAGGAGUACUGGUUUGUCCUGACUGCUGAGUCCCUGUCCUGGUACAAAGAUGAGGAGGAAAAAGAAAAGAAGUAUAUGCUGCCCCUGGAUAACCUGAAGUUAAGAGAUGUGGAGAAAGGCUUUAUGUCCACAAAGCACAUCUUCGCAAUCUUCAACACUGAAUCGAGGAACGUGUACAAGGAUCUUCGCCAAAUAGAACUGGCAUGUGACUCUCAAGAGGAUGUGGACAGCUGGAAAGCAUCCUUCCUCAGGGCAGGAGUUUACCCAGAGAAGGACCAGACGGAUAAUGAAGAGGCUGCCCCUGCAGACACAUUCUCUAUGGACCCUCAGUUAGAGCGACAGGUGGAAACUAUCCGCAAUCUGGUGGAUUCGUACAUUGGAAUCAUCAACAAAUCCAUCAGAGACCUCGUACCCAAGACCAUCAUGCAUCUCAUGAUCAACAGCGCAAAGGACUUCAUUCACUCAGAGCUGCUGGCCUACCUCUACUCGUCUGGGGACCAGAACAGUCUAAUGGAGGAGUCGGCUGAUCAGGCCCAGCGGAGAGACGAAAUGUUGCGCAUGUAUCACGCGCUCAAGGAGGCACUUCUGAUUAUUGGCGACAUCAGCGCCAACACCAUCACCACCCCAGUACCCCCACCUGUAAAUGACAACUGGAUGCAGGAAGCCAGCCCAACCCCUCAGCGCCGGCCGCCCCCUUCAUCAGCCCCGCCCCCCAGCCGCCCCCCUGCUGUUCGGGGCCCAACACCAGGACCACCCAUGAACCCUUCCCCUGGCUUUGGAGCUCCACUCAACCCGUCUCCAGCCUUUGGCGCACCCCCAAUCCCCUCUCGCCCAGGUCCACCGAUCAAUGCCUUCAACAGCCACCAGGAUCCCUUCAGUGCACCUCCACAGAUCCCCUCCCGGCCAGCCCGCAUCCCACCUGGUGUCCCUAACCGAAGACCCCCUGGCGCUCCUUCUCAUCGGCCUACCAUUAUCCGCCCUGCUGAGCCUUCCCUGCUAGACUAGACCUGUGGCCAAGCCCACUUAAGUGUGUGUGUUUGUGUGUGGGUUCAAUAUGUGUAUCUGCACACUAUAGGUCGUGGGCAGGGGCUAAGAGGGGAGAGGCUGACUGAUAGCGGUGCGUAAUGCGCAUCGCCCAGCCAUAGUAAUGUCUCUUCAAGCAAUGUUAAUAAGCUGCUAAUACCGUCUUUAUCAGUGCACAUGAAUGAAAGAAAGCCCUUAACCACUUGAACAUUACAUUUGACUGCUGUGGAUAUUGUGUAAUACAAAAUAAAACCCUGCUAAUCUGCGGGAUGCAUUUAGCUUCUACCAAUAGGAGACCAUGUCUCAAAUUCAGUUAAAGAGCUUUUUUUUAUUGUAAUAACUUGUUUAUGUCCUAUGACAAGGUGCCCAGCAGAAGCUCAUUAAAUAACUUAUUAACUGUUAAAGGCUGGCUUUCCUCUCCCCUCCCUCCACCUUGUUAGAUUGGCCCAGACGCCCAAGUCUAGAUCUCUGUGUAACAUACACACUUAACCUGUUGUUAAUGUGUUACUGGGUUUUCAUUUCCUAACUGAUUUCAUACUGAGAAAACAAUAGCUUAUUCUCACUGUUAUUAUUCUGGUGAUGUCGAUUACAUUUUUUUUCCUUGUGUUAUUUUAUUUGAGUGACUUUGUCCUUUUUAAUGACCGUCAUAAAUGUAGCUUUAAAAGUGAAAUCCUAAUCAAAGCAAAAACAAAGCAUGAGAAGACACAGGGCAGGGUUGCAGCCCCUCUCUGUGAAUUAUCCUUCCAUAAUUAACAGAUGUCAUACAGAUUGAUCAGUAUAAUCCGAGCACUUCUAACCAUUUAGCCUUACAAAAAGCCACUCAUAACUGGGAUGUUGUAGUCCGUUACCAGAACACUAUGCACGAAAACCCGGGAGACGGAGAGAGACAAACAAAGAGGCUGUCUGCACUUUGCCGGUCACUCUCUCUCCACUGAUUCUGAGUUGUUUAAGCCUUGAAUAUUAAUCCCUUUAAUCUCAGUUGAACCCCAAUGAGGCCUUCGGAUAGACUUUGUUCAUUCCUGGAUUAGCUGAUUCACGUAGAACAGAACACACAGUACCGUUUCCUCUCAAUGAGGGUAAAACUCAGUGAAGCAGCGGGGUGUGUAGAUGAGGGUAGAACUGUGAGUAUAAAGAUGGUGUUUAGAACGGAGGAGUUGGCACAUCUCUUUCUGGACAGGGUUUCCAUGGACAUUUAUUAUUGCUAUUGCUAUCUGCUUCCAUGCAUUUAAAAUAUCAUGUAUAUAGCUGGCCCAUGCCGGGGAGGUAGCACUUGUAUCUUAUUUUAUAGGAGGGUUGAUGCCAGCAAUCUUCUACUGAUAAUAAUCAAAGCCCAAGAUGUUAAAAUGCAACUGCAGUCAUCAUAUUUAAGAAUGCACUAACAUUAUCAUUUCAUAGAUUAGCCUCGGAUGUAGAGAAAAAACCAUUGGUCCUCUCCUGAUGCAUUAUUUAUAACCUGGGCAUUUGUCAUUUCUUUCGAUGUUUUGGUUGCAAUUGUAUCAGCUCUGUGCAUCUAUACGCUACUCAGCCCCCCUCAGCUUGUCCUGGACUGUUAUUUGGGGUUCUGCUACAGGGAUUAGGUGUCUAAACGCGUUAUAUGUUGGGAGGGCACAUCUACACAGCUGUGAUUAUUUGCUAAUGGAUAUAUUUUGAUUGCUUUGUGAGGGUAUUUGACCAUUUAUAUUAAAUCUUUCCUUCAAAAUUUUUUGAUGUCAUGGGGACGGGGAAGUUACAUUGGGCUAUUUUGGGAUGUUUUCUAUUUUUGGUUUAAUCAGUAGUGGCGGUGAGCGGGUGGUGGAAGUUGUGGUGUAUGAAGGCACAUCCUGUCUAGAGAAUCUGUCUUAAUGAUUCAACCUGACAAGACAAAGCAACUGUUAAUAAUUUGAUACUGUCUUAAACCACAGGGCCUUGGGACAGAAUGUGCUUUUUCCCCUCUACAUUUCUCUAAAGGUCUGGCUUUCAGUGACAGCGUCAGAAAGAGUGAAGUAUUCUUAUAAAACAGAUUCCUCAGACUGAAGCCCCGUCACACUUGAUCAUUCACAAACCCUUGAUACACAAAUGAUAAUUCAUGUGAUGAAACAUCUGAUUGGCCAAAGUUGAUUAAAUCCCCUUAUUUUAAGGCUCCUGUCACUCAAACCAGCCCUUGAGAAGCCUACACUGUAAAUGUCCUGUAAUAUAUUAGGUUGUGGCAAUAAUGCCUUUCCUUCCUAAUGGAUGUACCCUGUCUCCCUUCCUCUUUCCCUCCCCUGGUUUGAUCUAGUGGAAGGUAUUGGAAACCAACCUGCAAAAAUUUCUUUUCUUUUGUUUUUCAAACCCUUGUCAAGUGCCUCUGUAGCAAUUAAUUGAUUUGAAUAAACAAGAUGAACUGAUUUUAGAAAGGAAAGUAAAUAAAGAGGUGUUGUGUACAAUAAAGGGA